GUCGAUUUCUCGGCUGGGAACGCCCAGCUCGUCCUUUAGCCAAUCGCGGCAUCCCUUACUGGAUCCCAUCUUUUAGCGCUAAAAGCAAACCUGCUUCCAGCUUCGAGCUGCUGAAUGGGGAGCAGAGAGGCUGCUGGAUCUGACCAUGGGGAUCUCAGGACUGCUGCAGUUCAUCAAAGAUGCAGCAGAGCCGGUGAGCAUCAGGAAAUAUAAAGGGCAGACUGUGGCUGUGGACACCUACUGCUGGCUGCAUAAAGGAGCCUUUUCCUGUGCUGAGAAGCUGGCUAAAGGGGAACCAACCGACCAGUACGUCUGGUACUGCAUGAAGUUUGUGGACAUGAUGUUAAACUUCUCAGUCAAACCCAUUCUGGUGUUUGAUGGCCGUAAUUUGCCGUCUAAACAGGAAGUGGAAAAGACCCGCAGAGAGCGCAGGGAGGCCAACCUUCAGAAAGGCCGGCAGCUGCUGCGGGAAGGCAAACUGUCCGAGGCCAGAGACUGCUUCGGACGCUGCGUUAACAUCACACCCACCAUGGCUCAUAACCUCAUUAAGGCUGCCAGGCAGAGGGGGGUGGACUGUGUGGUGGCUCCCUAUGAAGCUGAUGCUCAGCUAGCUUACCUCACCAAAUCUGGCUUUGCUCAAGCUGUCAUCACUGAGGAUUCGGACCUGUUGGCAUUUGGCUGCAAAACGGUGAUUCUCAAAAUGGACAAGCACGGCAACGGGGUGGAGAUCGACCUGAACAACCUGGGCCGCUGCCGCUCCCUGGGGGACGUUUUCACCCAGGAGAAGUUCCGCUACAUGUGCAUCCUGGCUGGCUGUGAUUAUCUCCCCUCCCUGCACGGCAUCGGCCUGGGGAAGGCCUGCAAGCUGCUGCGGCUCGCAAAGGACCCCGACAUCCUGAAGGUUAUCAGGAAGAUGGGUCAGUACCUGAAGAUGAACCUGGUGGUUCCGGAUCAGUACAUUGAGGGCUUCAUCCGAGCCAAUAACACUUUCCUGUACCAGCUGGUGUUUGAUCCUGUCAGGAGGAAGGUGGUCCCUCUGAAUCCGUACCCAGAGCACGUGGACCCAGCCUCCCUCAGCUACGCCGGAACAAAUGUAGGAGAAGACAAAGGCUUGGAUCUGGCGCUGGGAAACCUGGACAUCAACACUAUGGAGAGGAUAGAUGACUUUAGUCCAGACAAGCCCCGCCCCCAGUCCAGCAGCUCCAAGGCUCCAGCAGGAACCAGCAUCUGGAGCAGGAACUUCAGAGCAGCUGCUGCAGACGGAGCGCCCUCCACCAGGGAGCAGCAGAGAGCCGCUGGUGGGGAUCACCGAAGGUUUCAGCACAGAGAGCAGCUGAUGAAGAGGAGGAGAGAAGAGUCCUGUCUCUCGGACCAGGAGGUGCUGCAGCAGUACUCCCCCUCAGGGUCCAAACGAACCAAGCCAGAAGCCGGCAGGCCGACGGUCAGCAGCAGCCAGCCUCGGCUCCGUAACUGCUUUGCCUCCGCAACGCUGCUGCAGAGGAGAAACGAGGAGGAGGAGGAGGAGAGCGGCAGCCAGCCCACCCACAGCAGAUUCUUCAGCAGCUGGAGUCCAGGAAGCGCUGAGAGGCCUUCUGCUGAACCUUUGGAGCCCACGGUGGAGGGAUCUUCUGUUGGGGGUAGCGAUGGUCCUGACAGCCCCCCUGCAGCGGCCCCUGGCCCUCCUGUGUCCCCUGGCCCCAGCCCUCCUGUGUCCCCUGCUCCAGCUGGUCGGGGCCUGAAGCUGUUCCAGUGGUCAGGCGGCUCCCAUCGCUGCAGAGCAGCACAGUCUCCCUCAGGCCUAGCAGCCUUGCAGCGCUUUGAGUAUCAGAGAGACGUCUCCUCCAGUCUUCAGAAGGCUCGGUCACCUUCUGGAGGCUCCGCCCCCUCAGAAAUGAAAUCAGAGAACAAGGACAACCCCCCAGACUCUCCUCCCUCCCAGGACAGCGCUUACUUCUCCCAGAGCCAGAGAGACGAGGUCCUCCCCUGCAGCUUCUCCCCUGAGACCAGUUCAGAACCAGGGAGUCCUGCUCCUGUGACUGAGGCCACUGGGAAACCAGCCCUGCUGGGCUCCAAGGUUUCUGGACUGUCGAGGCUGAAAUCCAGCGUUCGGAACCAGGCGGCAGGUUCGCCGAUGUUGGGCCCAGCCAGAGCCAGCGGUCUGAGGAAGAAGAAAAGCUCCUCCAGCAACAACGAGAACAACCCUGGAGUCCAGGCCACCAUUAGCAGCCUCUGGAAGAACUUCAGCUUUAAGAAGGAACCUGUGAAGAUGAGCUCCUCUAAGAAACCAAAGCCCAUGUCGCCAGUGAGAGACAACCUGCUGAUUGCUCAGCCAACAUGAACGCCUCGGCUCUGAGGAGCCCAGCUUUUUAACAUACCGUGUAUGUCGUCCAUUUCUCUUCAUUCCUGUCCAGUUUUUACUGUUUUAAAUAAAAACACUUAAAACAUCCU